AUGAUUUUGGAUACAGGAGCAUCGAUCGAUAAUUUGGAUGAAUCAACAUUUCAUCAGGUCAAGACAGCUAAGAAUAUCUAUCUUUCUCGUUCAACGACAAAGCUUUUUGCAUAUGGUUUUGAACAACAGCUUCCAGUUUUGGGAAAAUUUCAUGCCACGAUCGAAACAAAGGACAGAAUCGCGCCCGUUUGCCUACAUGUGGUUCGGGGAAAUUCUGGAUCUUUGCUCAGUUACACAACGGCUGCUGACUUAAAUUUGAUUCAGAUUAGGCUAAAUGCAGUGAAAACAGGACAAUCUACCCCUGCCACUACCGAGAAUUUGGAAGCCAAUUACCCGAAACUAUUUGAUGGAAUAGGAAAGCUCAAAGACCGAGAAAUCAAACUGCAUAUCGAUAGCACCGUUCCGCCGGUGGCUCAGCCCGCUCGACGUAUACCAUUUCAUUUGCGGAAGAAAGUGUCGGAAACUCUGCGUGAUUUGGAAUACCAAGACAUUAUUGAAAAAGUGACAAAAACAAGCACCCCCUGGAACGCCGUUUACGAACAAAUUCGGAACAUUGAGGGUGCCGUAAAUAUCAGCGACGAUGUUAUCAUUUAUGGUAACACCCAAGCCGAUCACGACCGCGCGUUACAUGCG